UUUCAGAUGACAGAGGAAGAAUCAGUAUCGACACGAAAUAACGUUGAAGAGGUACAUGGUCAGUUGUUCGAAGUGGGACCUCGCUAUGUGAACCUUUCCUACAUUGGCGAAGGAGCAUAUGGAAUGGUCGCCUCCGCUUUGGAUACAGUCACUCGUGAAAGAGUAGCGAUCAAGAAAAUAUCUCCCUUCGAGCACCAGACAUUUUGUCAACGAACACUGCGUGAAAUCAAGAUUUUAACACGGUUCAAACAUGAAAAUAUCAUUAACAUCCAAGAGAUCAUCCGUUCAGAAUCAGUAGAGCAAAUGAAAGAUAUUUAUAUCGUGCAAUGCUUGAUGGAGACUGAUCUGUACAAAUUGCUUAAAACACAGAAACUCUCCAACGAUCACGUCUGCUACUUCUUAUAUCAGAUUCUUCGCGGUCUCAAAUAUAUCCACUCAGCCAAUGUUUUGCAUCGUGAUUUGAAACCUUCAAAUUUAUUGCUCAACACUACAUGUGAUCUCAAGAUCUGCGACUUUGGUUUAGCACGAGUCACAGAUCCGCAGACAGAUCACACCGGUUUUCUAACCGAGUAUGUAGCCACAAGGUGGUAUCGAGCUCCAGAGAUCAUGCUGAACUCAAAAGGUUACACAAAAUCCAUCGACGUGUGGUCGGUGGGCUGCAUUCUUGCCGAAAUGUUGAGCAAUCGUCCGCUCUUCCCCGGCAAACACUACCUCGAUCAGUUGAACCUCAUCCUCGCUGUGGUAGGAUCCCCAUCACAAGAGGACUUGCAGUGUAUAAUCAACGACAAGGCACGGUCGUAUCUGAUAUCCUUGCCACAUAAGCCAAAACAACCUUGGUCACGUCUUUAUCCUGGAGCGGAUCCGCGUGCAUUGGACCUCCUUGAGAAGAUGUUGACAUUUAACCCGCACAACAGGAUCAACAUCGAGCAAGCGCUGGCUCAUCCUUAUCUGGAGCAAUAUUAUGAUCCGAAUGAUGAGCCGGUUUGUGAGGAGCCAUUCACUUACGAGAUGGAGCUCGAUGAUCUGCCAAAAGAGAAGCUGAAGGAGUUGAUUUGGCAAGAAGCCGAGCUGCAUCACAAACGAAUGCAAGAAGAAGCCGCGAAAGCCGUACAGUGAGCUUUAGACGCGUCAGUUCCCCGUGCAGCGCCCCGGGCGAGUUUCGCGUCUCCCCGCGGUCAGGGUCCCUCUUUUCACCGGUGAUCUGCCACAGUCUAGAUGAUCAGUGUCUCUCCUUGUGAUCUACGAUCUUUGACGAGCAUUCUAUACAGUGUGAAGACGUUGUUGAACGACGUCGUCCCGCUCCCCCUUCUUUCCAGCGCCCGGUUACACUGUGCAGAGUGCUGAGUUAACUUUUGUUCAUAUGACUCGGUUGUUUGCAUUGCUCUGUUACAUAUCGACUCGUACAUUUUGAGUGAUGCUGUUGGUGCAGCGCUCCCCGUUCUGUCCUUCCAUUCCAACGCUCCUACGUCCUUCACAUCCUGUAUCGUUUCCCUUGAAUCCUUUCUGCAUCACAUCAUACAGUAUAUUGUCUGUCUCUAAAGCCUCGUCCGUUCAUACUAAAAUAACAGAGAUCUAUUGUAUAUGUAUCAUACUUUUAUAAUUUUUUAUUAUGAUGUCAGGAUACGUAUAAGGUGUUAUUACUGAGCUUUUUUACACAUCUUCAACAUCUUCGAAAUUAUGGCGCAGUCUUCAAGAAACAGAAUUUUAAUUUACUUAGUCAAACUCGGGUGGAUCGUUAGCUUCUUUCUUAUUUUGCAUGGGCUUCUCAUGUGAUUUAUAUUUAUCGUCACUCAGCUGAUCAGAGCGCAUCUUCACUACAAUCUUUAUGCUGUUGUCAUCCAUCAGUUGUUCUUCAGUAGAAUGGUUUUUGUAGAUCAAAGUUUGAGCAAUUUUUCAUCUCAACUGCUCUAAUACUUCAUUUGAACCGUGUUGAUUUCACAUAUCGGGAGC